CGAUAAACAGCUAUCAAGUGGCAACACUAAUCUACUGUCCUACUUAAAGUUGUUCAGUCAGUCAACAUUGGCCAUCAUGCAACAAGAUUCCUUAGUCCGUUUAUCAGUAGAAAAAUGGUCAAACUUACAAGAAGCGUUUAUGACAGAUUGGCCGAGAGGUAUUUCUGGAUAUACCAUUCUUGAUACUCAAAGACGCUGGUUGAAAGAAGGCUUUGACUAUGGCUUCAAAGUGUUUUGUCCCUUUGGUGAUCUGUGGAGCGGAAUGGUUGCUAUCAAUGAAAAGGACGCAUUUUACGAGAUAGUAAUACAAUGCCCUAGAAACGACACUAGUAAAUUAGAGGAAGCUUUAAAGACAACAAAUGUUAUAGAUUGGCAAAGAAAUAUCAUCAUACCGUUUGCUCCUAGUCAUAUUAUUGAAAGUGUUAAGAAAAUCGCUGAAGAUGUUAAUGUGGAUAUAGAAUUAAUUCUUCCGAGCAAUAGUUUUAUUCUGGAUAAGCAAAGUCCCCAGUUUGAUGUAAGCCUACCUUCUAGCAUCACAUUUGGACUUCUUACUCCUAAACACGUAGAGCUGGUGGACUCUACUUGGCCCCACCGCUACCCUGGCUCCACCUGGUAUUUCCAACUCCUGGUGAAAACACGAUCUGGCUUCGGGCUCUUCAAAGACCAGGACCUUGUAUCAUGGGUCUUUAUCAAUGAAGCGGGGACUCUUGGCCAUAUGUAUACUCUAGAAGACCAUAGAAGAAAAAGCUAUGGAGAAUUGUUACUGAAGUUAGUCAGCAAUGUUUUAUUGAAAGAAUGGAAAGAUGUUUUCGCUUUUUCUGUCAAGGGUAAUGAAAGUGCUUGCAACUUGUAUAGAAAAGUCGGCUUCAAGAAUUUUGAUGGAGUUGCUUGGUGUUACUUGAAAGGAAAGAGUAAAUAAAGUAUUAUCAUUAUACCGCGAAUACGAAUA